CCAAACAAUUCAUCAUAGAGGAGCUCAUUAAUCAGUUGAGUCUAAUGUUUUUUUUAUGGUUUUGAAUCAAACAAACAAAGCUAAAAGCUUCAAAUUCACACACCACUUUUUCUCUUUUUCUUCCCAUAAGAACACCACUUCUUCCCUCAUUGUUCCUUUCCUCAACCUCAACUUCUCAUUCUCUCUCUUUUCCAACAUACCCUUCUUCCAAUGUCAGCUCCAAAUUCAAUCCAAAAACCAACCCUUAAUAAUGUUAAACAAAACCAACAAGACCCAAAAAAGUUUUACUACAAUUUUGUAUACAAAGCUUCCAUAGUUCUCAUAUUCUUUGUUAUUCUUCCUCUUUUUCCUUCUCAAGCUCCUGAAUUCAUCAACCAAAAUCUUCUCACAAGAAACUGGGAACUCUUUCACCUUCUUUUCGUUGGUAUAGCUAUCUCUUAUGGUUUGUUCAGUCGUAGAAACCAAGAACCAGACAAAGACAACAACAAUAACAAUAACUCAAAAUUUGACUCUGCACAAUCACUAGUUUCUCGGUUCUUACAAGUUUCAUCGUUUUUCGAAGACGAAUCUGAUCAUCAAAUUCAAAACCUAUCUGAGUCUGAAGAAAUUACAAAACUACAAACAUGGAGUAAUCAUAAUCAACACUACAGAAACAAAUCAAAGGUUGUUGUUACUCCACAAGCACAAGUACAAAACCACUCUGUUUUUGAAGAUGAACAGAGUGGUUGUGAUGAAGAAGAAAAGCCUCUGUUUUUACCGGUUCGAAGCUUGAAAUCACGUUUAUCUGAUGAUGAUUGUAUUCUUCAAUCUCAAUCCAAUGAUGGGAUGUUGAAAACAGAGUCCAAAAGAUUUUCAAGCAAAUCCUUUAAUAAAGUUAAAAAUUAUGCUGAAUUUGAAGGUAUAGUUGAAGAUAAGAUUGAAGAGAAAGAGAACGUUGUGCUUCCUUCUCCUAUUCCAUGGAGAUCAAGAUCAGCAUCAGCAAGAAUGAUGGAAACUAAACAAGAAGCUAUUGAAAAAGCUUCAAAACCUUCUUCAAUGGUGAAAGCUUCUUCAAUAAAAUUCACUCCUUCUGAAUCACUUGCAAAGAAUUCAGAGGAUUUUGUGAAGAAAAAGAGUUCGUAUUAUAAUAAGUCUUGUCCUCCUCCACCACCACCACCGCCUCCACCAUCAAUGUUUCAGAAACCAAUCUCCAUGAAAAGGAACAUGUCAAUGGUAAAAUCUGUAAAAGAAGGAACAAAUGAAAAGGAAGAUGAAGAUGAAGAAAAAGAAUAUUCUGUUUCUUCAAUGCAAGAGUCAGUAGAUAAAGAAAGGUUUAUUGAAAAAAGGGUAAUUAUGGAAACUGAAGAUGAAGAGACAGAAAGUGAAGAAGAUGAAGAUUUUGGAGAAAGAAAACAGAGUAGUGAAAGUUUUACAAAAACAGAGGAACUGUGUUCUUCUUCUGUUGGUGGUGGAAUAGAGACAGUGAGUGAUGAAGGACCUGAUGUGGAUAAAAAGGCUGAUGAAUUUAUAGCCAAAUUUAGAGAACAAAUAAGGCUUCAAAGAAUUGAGUCUAUCAAGAGAAGUACAAGAGUUGCAAGAAAUUCUUCAAGGUAAUCUUCAAUUUGAAGAUGCUAACUAUUGGAGUGUUAUUAGUGUUAUGUGUUUUAUAAUUUAAAUUUAAUCGGGAUGUAAUUAAAGUGAGGAUGUUUUAUUUCCAUGGUAUUAAGGUUGUAAUUACUAA